AUGACUUCCCCCAGUGUUUUCCUGUCAGACGUGCAGUUUCAGUGUUGCAUCUGUCAGGAUGUUUUCUCUGAUCCCGUCUCCAUCCCCUGCGGACACAGCUUCUGCUUCACCUGCAUCACAUCACACUGGAGUAGCAGCCAGGCCAUCAGCUGUCCCAAAUGUCAAGUAGUAUUCAAGACACGCCCUGAGCUUUGUGAAAACUCCUUUGCCAAAGAAAUGUCUGAGCAUAUCCGACAUAGAAGGCAAAACGGCUUGACGUCACUGCCUGGAAAAUCCAUACAUUGUGAUGUUUGUGUUGGUAAGCAAACGAAGGCCGUCAAGUCCUGCCUCGUGUGUCUGACCUCGUACUGUGAGACUCACCUGGAGCCUCACAUGAGAGUUUCCACGCUGAAGAUUCACAAGCUGAUUGAACCUGUGGCGAUGCUAGAGACCCGCAUUUGCAAAAAGCACCAGAAACUCCUGGAGCUGUUCUGUAGGAGUGACCAGAGAUGUGUGUGUGUGCUGUGUACAGAAACUGACCAUCGCCGUCAUGAUACUGUGCCAGUGGAGCGUGAGAGUCAGGAGAAGAAGGCUCAGAUGAAAAAGACGGAGGCCAUGGUUCAACAGCUGAUCCAGGAGAGACUGGAGAAAGUGGAAGAAAUCCAACUGUCUCUGAAGCUCAGCAAAGAAAAUUCAAAAAGGGACAUCGAGCAAAGCUUGGAGAUGUUCUCCACUCUAUUUAGUUCCUUGGAGAGAAGUCGUGCUGAGGUGGUCAACAUGAUCCGGAGGAAGCAGGAAACCGCAGAACGCAGGGCGGAGUGGCUCAUCACAGAGCUAGAGCUGGAAAUCACUGAGCUGCAGAAGAAGAGAAAUGAGAUGGAGCUGCUUUGUCACACUGAGGACCACCUCCAUCUUUUACAGAGGUUUCCAGCUCUGAAUUCCCCUCAACAAAGCCAUGGCUGCUCUGACAUUGUUGUACAUUCAGACACAUGUCUGGGAACUGUAAGGAGGGCUGUCAACAACUUUGAAAAGCAGCUGCAAUCAGUUUUGAAAAGGCUUUCCAGUCAAGAGCAUGACAAGAUGCAGAACUAUGCAGUGGAAGUUCAUCUAGACCCCAGCACAGCAAAUCCUUGGUUGGUUCUGUCAGAGGAUGGGCGACAAGUUCACGAUGGAGAUGUUGAACAGAACCUGUCAGACCUGCCACAGCGUUUUGACACAGCGCCAUGUGUGCUCGCCACCAGGGGUUUCACCACAGGGAGGCACUACUGGGAGGUAGAUGUGGGAGACAAAACAGCCUGGGAUUUGGGCGUGGCUAGAAAAUCAGUUAACACAAAGGGCCUGGUCACACUGAGUCCAGAGGACGGCUAUUGGACAAUUUGUCUGAGGAAAGGAAGUGAGUAUCGAGCAUGUGCAGGAGAGGCGGAGCUGCUGUGUGUCUCUCAGAGGCCACAAGUUGUUGGGGUGUUUUUGGAUUAUGAGGAUGGGACACUGUGUUUCUACAAUGCAGAGACCAAAACUCACAUCUAUUCCUUCACACAGUUCCAGUUUACUGAGGCCAUGUUUCCCUUUUUUAAUCCAGAAAUGAGUGACAGUGGUGUCAACAAGUCACCAUUAAUAAUUCUCCCAGUUAGUGGAAGUGGGGAUUUGGACAACAUUACAAUAUGAUGUUGUGUUUUUUAUGCUUCAGAAAUAUUUGUAGUUUUUUAUUAGGUGCACUGAAUGAAACCUUUUUGUUAGUUUGUCUUAGUAUAUAAACUUUUUAAAUUACAAAACAGUCCAUAAGCCAUUAUUCAGGCACAAUGCUAGAGAACAAAUGAACUAACAGUGUUUUUGAUUUGGAUUGAAAAUUUGUGAUUGUACAAAUGACAAAUGACAAACUAUUAAUACUAGGAAAUAUUCUUGCAGCUCAUAGAUCACUAGUUUUGUGUUAAAGAUGUAUUUAUUGAAUAUUUUAUACACAGAC